AUGACGCUUAUAAGGAAUUUUUUGGUUACAUUCUGGUUUUUAAUCCAAUGUAUAUGGGCUAUUGAUAUUACUUCUGAUAGAAUAGACCGUGGUACACUACAAUUAGAACUUAGUGAUAUUACUAUUCAUUCAGGUGCUUCGUGGUCUAUUAUCAACAACGGUAGAUCUAUUUUAAGAGGUGAUUUAACUGUAGAAUCAGAUGCUGGAUUCUAUAUCACUCUGACAUCUUCUAUUGUAUCACUUCAAGUGUCUUUAGCUUCCCUUUUUGGAUCCAUCAAAAAUGAUGGUAUUAUUGCAUUUGAUUCUUCUGCAUCAUUGACAUCCUCUGAUUAUACUUUGGUUGGUGGUUCAUUUGUCAACAAUGGUGAAAUUUAUAUGGGUGCUUCUGGUAUUGUUUCUGGUACAUUAACUGGUAGUAUGGCUAUUACUUCAGCUGAUUGGACCAAUAAUGGUUUAAUUGUGUUUUACCAAAACCAAAGAAGUUCAGGUAAUGUCAAUUUAGGUACUCCACUUGGAAAAAUUACAAACGAUGGUCAAAUUUGUCUUUACAAUCAAGUCUAUAGACAAUUGACUGAAAUUCAAGGUAGUGGUUGUAUUACUGCUGAUGAAGAUUCAACAAUUUAUAUUGGUAACGGACUUCUUGGAAUUUCCACAGCACAUAAUUUUUAUCUUAACGACACCGAUUCUUCCCUUGUUGCACCUGCUAUUUCAAGAUCUCAAACAUUCAAUGUUUAUGGUUUUGGUAAUGGUAAUAAAAUUGGAUUAACUUUGCCACUUGCUGGUAGUAUACUUCCACUACGUUCUGCAUAUUCUUAUGAUACAAGUACUGGUAUUUUGACUUUGAGAAAUGUAUUACUAGUCCAGUACUUCAAUAUUGGUUUAGGUUAUAAUCCUUCUUUGUUUCAAAUUGUAACUGAUAGUGGUGCCGGUAUUCCAAGUACUAUUUUAGGUUCUGUUAGAUAUAAUGGUCCAGUUCCAGAACGUACCUUACCUGCCGCAUGUCAAAUUGCUUGUAGAAAAGCAAGAGAAGUUCCAGGUGUCGAUCCAACAGAGUAUUUGACUACAGUGACUUCAACAUUAUCUGAUGGUUCAGUUACUACUGAAAGUGGUAUCGUUGAUGAAACUACUGAUUCACAAGGUUCAUGGUACACAACAACUUCUUUGUUCCCACCUUUGUCUUCUUCAAGUUCCGAAGUCGUGUCUUCAAGUUCAGAAAUUGUUUCUUCCACUGAGCGCGAAUCUUCUUUGCAAUCUUUCCUGGAAUAUUUUAAUUCGCUGUCACUGUACGCGUUUGAAAGCACUUCUUCCAUCCUUGAAUCCAGCUCCCAUCCAAGUUCUGAAGUUUCAUCCACUCAAGAUGACGCCAGUGAAUCCAAUUUUAGUACAUCUAGUUUAAUUUCCGAAUCAAAUGUUUUAGAAAGCUCUGACGCUUCAGCCACUUCAGAUGUCUCAUCUGCUUCUGAUAUUUCAUCUGCUUCCGAUGCUAGUGACUCUGAUCCCUCAUCUACUUCUGAUGUCUCAUCUGCUUCUGAUAAUUCAUCUGCUUCUGAUAUCUCAUCUACUUCUGAAAUUGCAUCUAGUUCUAAUACUUCAUCUGCUUCUGAUAUCUCAACUUCUUCAGAUGCUAGUGAAUCCAAUGCAUCUGCUACCUCUGGUGCUUCAUCUGCUUCUGAUGCUAGAGAAUCCAAUGCAUCUGCUACCUCUGGUGCUUCUGAUGCUAGUGAAUCAGAUGCUUCUGCCACUUCUGGUGCCUCUGAUGCUAGUGAAUCCGAUGCAUCUGCCACUUCUGGUGCUUCUGAUGCUAGUGAAUCCAAUGCUUCUGCUACCUCUGGUGCUUCUGAUGCUAGUGAAUCCAAUGCUUCUGCCACUUCUGGUGCUUCAUCUGCUUCUGAUGCUAGUGAAUCCGAUGCAUCUGCUACCUCUGGUGCUUCUGAUGCUAGUGAAUCCAAUGCAUCUGCCACUUCUGGUGUUUCAUCUGCUUCUGAUGCUGGUGAAUCCGAUGCUUCUGCCACUUCUGGUGCUUCAUCUGCUUCUGAUGCUAGUGAAUCCAAUGCAUCUGCCACUUCUGGUGUUUCAUCUGCUUCUGAUGCUAGUGAAUCCGAUGCAUCUGCCACUUCUGGUGUUUCAUCUGCUUCUGAUGCUGGUGAAUCCGAUGCUUCUGCUACCUCUGGUGCUUCUGAUGCUAGUGAAUCCAAUGCAUCUGCUACCUCUGGUGUUUCAUCUGCUUCUGAUGCUAGUGAAUCCGAUGCUUCUGCUACCUCUGGUGCUUCUGAUGCUAGUGAAUCCAAUGCAUCUGCCACUUCUGGUGUUUCAUCUGCUUCUGAUGCUAGUGAAUCCAAUGCAUCUGCCACUUCUGGUGUUUCAUCUGCUUCUGAUGCUAGUGAAUCCAAUGCAUCUGCCACUUCUGGUGUUUCAUCUGCUUCUGAUGCUGGUGAAUCCGAUGCUUCUGCUACCUCUGGUGCUUCUGAUGCUAGUGAAUCCGAUGCUUCUGCUACCUCUGGUGUUUCAUCUGCUUCUGAUGCUAGUGAAUCCGAUGCUUCUGCUACCUCUGGUGCUUCUGAUGCUAGUGAAUCCAAUGCAUCUGCCACUUCUGGUGUUUCAUCUGCUUCUGAUGCUAGUGAAUCCAAUGCAUCUGCCACUUCUGGUGUUUCAUCUGCUUCUGAUGCUAGUGAAUCCAAUGCAUCUGCCACUUCUGGUGCCUCAUCUGCUUCUGAUGCUAGUGAAUCCGAUGCUUCUGCCACUUCUGGUGUUUCAUCUGCUUCUGAUGCUAGUGAAUCCAAUGCAUCUGCCACUUCUGGUGUUUCAUCUGCUUCUGAUGCUAGUGAAUCCGAUGCAUCUGCUACCUCUGGUGCUUCUGAUGCUAGUGAAUCCGAUGCUUCUGCUACCUCUGGUGUUUCAUCUGCUUCUGAUGCUAGUGAAUCCAAUGCAUCUGCCACUUCUGGUGUUUCAUCUGCUUCUGAUGCUAGUGAAUCCAAUGCAUCUGCCACUUCUGGUGUUUCAUCUGCUUCUGAUGCUAGUGAAUCCAAUGCAUCUGCCACUUCUGGUGCUUCAUCUGCUUCUGAUGCUAGUGAAUCCAAUGCAUCUGCCACUUCUGGUGUUUCAUCUGCUUCUGAUGCUAGUGAAUCCAAUGCAUCUGCCACUUCUGGUGCUUCAUCUGCUUCUGAUGCUAGUGAAUCCAAUGCAUCUGCCACUUCUGGUGUUUCAUCUGCUUCUGAUGCUAGUGAAUCCAGUGCAUCUGCUACCUCUGGUGCUUCUGAUGCUAGUGAAUCCAAUGCAUCUGCCACUUCUGGUGUUUCAUCUGCUUCUGAUGCUAGUGAAUCCGAUGCAUCUGCCACUUCUGGUGCUUCAUCUGCUUCUGAUGCUAGUGAAUCCAAUGCAUCUGCCACUUCUGGUGUUUCAUCUGCUUCUGAUGCUAGUGAAUCCGAUGCAUCUGCCACUUCUGGUGUUUCAUCUGCUUCUGAUGCUGGUGAAUCCGAUGCUUCUGCUACCUCUGGUGCUUCUGAUGCUAGUGAAUCCAAUGCAUCUGCUACCUCUGGUGUUUCAUCUGCUUCUGAUGCUAGUGAAUCCGAUGCUUCUGCUACCUCUGGUGCUUCUGAUGCUAGUGAAUCCAAUGCAUCUGCCACUUCUGGUGUUUCAUCUGCUUCUGAUGCUAGUGAAUCCGAUGCUUCUGCCACUUCUGGUGUUUCAUCUGCUUCUGAUGCUAGUGAAUCCAAUGCAUCUGCCACUUCUGGUGUUUCAUCUGCUUCUGAUGCUAGUGAAUCCAAUGCAUCUGCCACCUCUGGUGCUACAUCUGCUUCUGAUGAUCUCGAUGCCUACGAAACGUCUUUAAUGUUUACUAGUGCUUCCUCAUCCGUUCCCGAAUCCGAGACAAGUGGUCCAGCUGUUUGUAAGAGAGACGGUGGUGAUUGUCUGGCUAUGGAAAGUUUUUCCUCCUUGAGACCAUACUAUAGUAAUACUACUACUUCUGUUUCAUCUACUGCUGCUCCUGGUUUCACUUCUUUGGAAUAUUCUACUGUUACUGAUUUAGAUUCAACUUUUACCACUCUUGAUGCCGAAAGUAUUGAGGGGCCAAAGAAUUCACAAGAAGAGCCUGCUACUUCCAACGGUCAAGGGGCUAAUACAAUGUCUACAAGUCUCGACGCAGAAGUUGCUACUACCACUAGGGUCUCAACUGCUGUUAAUUCUGACAACAAUAUUGCAUCUUCUAUCGAUGCGAAUAGCGCUAUUGACCAGCCUUCUAUCCAAGAAGGUAACAUUGUUAGCACUUAUACUUACAGUACCGAUGACACAACAGUUUCAAGUAUUACAACCACUGGUUCCAACUCGGAAGCUACUGGUGAUGAAUCCAACGGUUCUAACAACGGUGGUUCUAACAACGGUGAUGAAUCCAAUGGUUCUGGCUCUGGUUCUGGCGAUGAAUCCAAUGGUUCUAACAAUGGUGGUUCUAACAACGGUGAUGAAUCCAAUGGCUCUGGCUCUGGUUCUGGCGAUGAAUCCAAUGGUUCUGGCUCUGGUUCUGGUGAUGAAUCCAACGGUUCUAACAACGGUGGUUCUGGCUCUGGUGAUGAAUCCAAUGGUUCUGGCUCUGGUUCUGGUGAUGAAUCUAAUGGUACUAACAACGGUGAUGAAUCCAACGGAUCUAACAACGGUGGUUCUAACAACGGUGAUGAAUCCAAUGGCUCUGGCUCUGGUUCUGGCGAUGAAUCUAAUGGUUCUAACAAUGGUGGUUCUGACAACGGUGAUGAAUCCAGUGGUUCUAACAAUGGUGGUUCUGGAUCUGAAUCCAGCGGUUCUAACAACGGCGGUUCUGACAAUACUUCUAACAAUGGUGGAUCUGAAUCCAACGGAUCAAGUAAUAUAUCGAAUGAACAAAAUGUUUCUGGUUCAACAAUGACAACUUCCUUCAUUGUUCCUGCUGCUUCUCUGGUUACCUCAAGUUAUGUCACCCAAGCUUCAUCCUCAUCAUCUCCAGCAAUUGUAUUACCAGCUGAGAAUGGCGGUAUAAAGUACUCUACUGGAGGUUCAUUGGUAUUUGGGUUGUUACUAUCAGCUAUGAUCUCCUUUUUCUGA